GAUAACCGAUUGCCCAUGCAGUUUCAUGCUAACUGUCAGCUGUCUGCUCGUCGCUUUUCAGCUGUUUGAGCGAUAAGUAUAGGGUGAAAAAAGCAAAUUUAUUCUAGAAAAAGAAGUUAGCAUACUGUAUAUAAAUAAAUUCAAUAUUCGUUUGCUUGUAUUCGGUGCGUCAAGCUUACGAUUUACAUCUCAUAAAUAAGUACUCAAUAGAUAAAAACGCGACGCAAGCGCUGCUAGCAAAAACGUGUACAAAGUUCAACAAGCAACGAAAAGCAAAAAAAACGCAACUUUUUUGAGAAGAUGGAAACCCCAAAUACAGUUGAGGCUGAUGCAACCGUCGAAUCCUCAUUUCUGGCGGGCGCAUUGCGCGAAAUCUUCUACAGCCCCAUGAACCUGGCCCUACUCUCCAUCAUUUGUUUUCUGAUCUACAAAAUUGUGCGUGAUCGAUGCGAAGGACCCGGCGCCCGAGAUGCGGCACUGCAACCGGCCGAGCCAGAAUUGCCGAAGAUGCGCCGCGAUUUUACCAUUAAGGAGCUGCGUGAAUUUGAUGGCAAUCAGCCAGAUGGUCGGGUACUCGUUGGCGUCAAUGGCAACGUUUAUGACGUCACUAAGGGUAAACGAUUCUAUGGCCCGGGCGGACCAUAUGCUACAUUCGCCGGACGUGAUGCAUCACGUAAUCUGGCCACAUUCAGUGUGGUUGCCAACGAUAAGGAUGAAUAUGAUGAUCUAAGCGAUCUGGGCGCCAUGGAAAUGGACUCGAUACGCGACUGGGAAAUGCAGUUCAAGGAGAAAUACGAGUAUGUUGGCAAAUUGCUGCGUAAUGGUGAGGUGCCGACGAUCUAUGAUAACGAUAGCAACGAUGAGGAUGACAACAACAAAAAAGACGAGUAGACGAGGGAAGUGUACACAUGGAAAUCUUUUUCGUUUUAUAACGAUGAUUAGCAAGAAAAGACCAAAACACCAGAAUUCAUUCAGACUGGUUCAGUUAUUGCGAUCUAGUUAUAAUUCACACACACACACACGUAUGCAUGCACACGCACACCACACACAAUACACCCAGCACACACACUGGCCCAGGCAAGCUGUAAAAACAUUUAGCAAUUAAUGGAAUAGUCUAUUUAUAAGAUUUAUAUGUAUGUUUUUAAAACCAAAAAAUAAACAAACUAUUGGUUUAUCAAAAACUGUGCACUAAAACUAUGCUUAACUAUCAUAAAAAAAAUACAAAUUGUACGGGAUCUAUCACUAAUACCACAAAUACCUAAAAUGUCAAAAGCUGAUUAAAUAUAUAUAUAUAUAUAAAUGUAUAACUG